AUGAGUGUGGAUUCGGCUUCUCCCCAAAGCCUGCCCUGCCCUGAAGCAUCCAAUUCUAGGGAACCUUCACCAGUGCCUGAGGUGUACGAGCCUGACGAAAACUAUGCAUCCUUGCCAAUGUCAUCUACUGAGACACUCCAUACAGAGACUGUCUCUCCUCUUCCUUCCUCCAUGGACCUGCUUAUUCAGAACAGCCCUGACUCUUCCACCAGUCCCAACAUAACACUGCCCACUUCUAUAGAGGACAGUGUAGCAAAGGAGGAAAAGGGCCAGCUCAAGAAACAGAAGGUCAGAACCGUCUUCUCACAGGCCCAGCUCUGUGUACUCAAUGAGAGAUUUCAGAGACAGAAGUAUCUCAGCCUCCAGCAGAUGCAGGAACUUUCCAACGUCCUGAACCUUAGCUAUAAACAGAUUAAGACCUGGUUCCAGAACCAGAGAAUGAAAUGUAAGAGGUGGCAGAAGUACAACUGGCCAAAGAAUAGCAACCGUUUAACUCAGAUGAGCUCAGCAACUACAGAGUACCUGGGCUUCUCUUCCUAUCAUCACCAGGGAUGUUUGGUGAAUGCUUCUGGAAACCUUUCAGUGUGGAGCAACCAGACCUGCAGUAACCUCUCUUGCAGCAACCAUUCCUGGAACAGCCCAUCUUGGAACUACCAUUCCUGGAAUAGUCAGACCUGGUGCCCCCAGGCCUGGAACAACCAGGCCUGGACCAAUCAGUUCUAUAGUUAUGGAGAGGAAUCCCUGCAGCCCCAGAUUCAGUUCCAGCAAACUCCCAUCAGUGAUUUAGAGGUCACCUUGGAAACUGCUGGGGAAAGCUAUGAUACAAUACUGCAAACCCCUAUGUAUUAUACCACCCAGCAAACCAUGGAUUUAUUCCCAGAUUACUCCAUGAAUAUGCAGCCUGACUCCACAAACAUUUAG